CACCUCCCACCGUGUUGACGCUGAUGGUCGAGGUACCUGAACGGUGAGCUCAAAGGAGCGUGUGUGUGAGGCGACCCUGCUAAUUUGCACCCGGCAUGCGUCAUGUCAUGCCCGUCAACCCUUUUGGCGGUUCGGGGUGGACACCCUGCAUGCGGCAUGAAAUUUACGGAUCUUCAACGGUGCGGUAUCCAGCAUCCCGCGUGUCCAGCCCGCCCACGUAUCCAGCAUCCAUCCGCGAGAUGCCUCCCCCCGUAACUAGCCGCCGUCCCGCCCAAUCAAGACCCCCGAGACAGGCGGGCCAUACUGCCCUGUUCCUGAGGCUGUGGUACGACGAUCCGGCCUUUUCGUCUGGCGAUACUGCAAGUGCCUCUCUACCAAUGGCCAAUGGCCAAUGGCGCAUCGACUGGGAUCAAGCGGCGGAUGUCGUCGCCGUCUCCGCAAUUGGGACGAUGCCGUCAACCCUUGGUUACCUCAAAAGCAGGCGUCGGCGUCGUCCCAAAUAUUGAUUGAUUGGUGAGCUCGUCUACCUGGAAGGCCGCGUCGCAUCGAAUCUACCUCCAACUGGCAAAUGCCAUGUCUCGGGUUCGAUAGGUUGGGGUUCGAGCGGAGUGGGUUUGGG